AUGUCGUACUCUACUCUCAUACUCGACCUUGGAGACGUGCUCUUCACCUGGUCGUCUCAGACUCAAACCAGCAUCCCGCCUCGCACCUUUAAAUCUUUUCUAUCUUCGCCCAUUUGGGCUGAUUAUGAGCGCGGUCUGUUGUCUCAAACGGAAUGUUAUGCUCACCUUGCUGCAGAGUUCUCCUGUGAUACGGAGACAAUCGCGACCGCAUUCGAUCGAGUGCGAGAGUCGUUAACAUGCAACGACGUCCUUGUUACGCUGGUAAAGGAGCUCAAGGCCCAAUCUCAUGGUCGGCUGCAAGUGUUUGCGCUGUCCAAUAUCUCCGCGCCCGACUACGAACAUGUGCGCCGCUCCUCCGUCGAUUGGACAAUCUUCGACAAUGUCUACUUUUCCGGUUCCCUUGGGCUGCGCAAGCCCGAGGAGGACAUCUACAGGUACCUCAUUGAGGACACGGGCAUCGCCCCGCGAGAAGCGGUGUUCGUGGACGACAAAGAAGAGAAUGUUGCGGCGGCUCGUGCUUGCGGGAUGCGCGGGAUUGUCUUCGACAAGCAAGGAAAGGGUAUGCAUACCCUGCAGAGUCUCUUCCAGCCUGCCAGCCAGAUGGGCCGGGAUUGGCUCCGUCGAAAUGCCGGCAAGAUGGAGUCGGUCACCAGCGGCAACAUUAUUUUCGAGGAGAAUUAUGCACAGCUGCUCAUCCUUGAGCUCACAGGCGAUCGGUCGCUUAUACAACUGUCACAAUUUCCUCGCACUUGGAAUUUCUUCAGAGAAUCGCCCUUCUACCGGGGCGAGCCGUAUCCUAACGACUUGGACGACACAUCGCUCGCGUUGUCAGUCUUGCCCACAGACCGUACGGUGUUGAAGGACGUCAUGGACGAGAUGCUCAACUGGCGCACACCCGAGGGCAUCAUGCUGACAUACUAUGACGUGAGCCGCCCACGCAUCGACCCCAUCGUCAACGUCAACGUCCUUACGCUCUUCUACCUCUAUGGACGCGGGCGCGAGCUCGAUUCCGCCCUGGACUGGGUGCGCGACAUCCUUGCCACACGCGCCCAUCUAGACGGCUCGUAUUAUUAUCCUUCGCCUGAUCUCUUCCUCUACUUGGUGUCACGUCUGCUGAGUGUCUCCGCCGACACUCACCUGCAUGGUCAGCUCGCGGCGCUUCUCGCCAUGCAUGUGGCAGAACGUAUCGGCAUGCCUGGAGACGCGAUGGCGCGAGCAUGCCGCGUGCUCGUAUGCAUGAGGUGUGGCGUUGAAAAUGUGGCGGACAUGCGUGCGUUGCGAGAGAUGCAAAAUGAUGACGGCGGGUGGGAUGUGGGAUGGUUGUAUAAGUUGGGGAGGUCGGACGUGCAUAUCGGGAACCGUGGAGUCGCAACUGCACUAGCUGUCAAGGCGCUGGAGGCGGUGGGUCCUAUCGAUUGA